AUGACACCCACAAGCGAGCAAACAGAACAAAGUACAAAAGCUCAACCAAAAAAACAAGCUCCUGAUUCCGAGCAAGGAAAUAUUUCUUUGCUACCAAAUAACUCGCUUCAUACAGUCUCUAAUCUUCCGACACCACCCUCUAUCUUUGGUUUUCGUUCAUAUCUUCGUAACUUUUAUGAUUCUACAGUACCUGGCAAUAGUAAUAAUAACCGUAAUACAAACCCCAGUUUGAAUUCGUCGGGAAAUGAAAAACCAAAGCUAGACGAAAUGUGUCUACAAUGGUGCCUACAAAAAGACACGCAUAGGAACGAGGGAAAAGAACCCGACUGCCGGAUGUUCUGUCUCCGACGUAAAAAAGUGAAAGAAAAACAAGUGUUUGUGAAUGGUGAAAGCAGUGAGAGUGAUGGUGGCAGCAGAGAUGAAAAUAGCAAUCCAGAAGAGAAAGAUGGUGUUGAUCAAAAGACAUCAAGAGAACAUCCAUAUCAUCGAUCACGUUGGAAUUUUCUAGAUGGUUAUCAUUUGGCGUAUUUUAAAGGUGCAGAAACAUGUCAAUCACAUACUGAAGAAAUGAAAGAUAGUACUCAACAUACGCCUUCUAAUAACACAAAUCCUCUUGCACAAGAUCAAGAUCAAGAUCAAGCACAAUCUUCUAAAAAUCGGACACCUCAGAAAACUACUAAAGAAUACGAAAUUGAUCUCGGCGAAAAAUUUGAAAAUACCAAGACAGCCACUAGGCGUGUAAUAACGCGAGCAUUCACUCCUGGUUAUGAAUUGGCAAAGAGAUACGUUGAAUCAUGGAAUGAUGGAACACAGACGGCAUUUUUCACACGAUUUUAUGAAAGUGUACAACGAUUGGAUGCUGUUUAUUUGGUGCAGGAUAAUAUAAAGCGAGCAUUUGAUGAGUGGGUAAGAGGUGGUGGAGACGGCAAUAGUGGAUUUGGUGGUGGUGUAAUUGAAGAAGUUAAACGUAAAGCUGCGUACCAAGCAGUUGACCAUCACAUUACCAACUCUGUAAGAUUGAUCGGAAUUGGGUCAGGCUCGACAAUAGAGUACGUGGUAGAACGGUUACUACAACGUGGAAAAGAGGCGAACGCGAAUUUUGUUUUUAUUCCAACAAGCUUUCAGAGUAGACAUUUAAUUGUUCAUAAUGGGCUGACGUUGGGUGAUGUUGACCAAUAUCCUGAAAUUGACGUAACGAUUGACGGUGCAGACGAGGUAGACGAAAAUCUGAAUGCGAUUAAAGGUGGCGGUGGGUGUCAUUUACGCGAAAAAGUUGUUGCGGAGGCAGCAAAGAAAUUUAUAAUUGUUGCUGAUUAUCGAAAAAAUUCAAAGACGCUUGGUGAAAAGUGGAAACAGGGUAUCCCAAUUGAAGUAAUUUCAUUUGCCCACACACGCGUCAUCGCAGAACUAAAAAAGCUUGGCUGCGAGAAUCCCACGCUACGUAUGGCAAAAGCGAAAGCUGGUCCCGUAAUCACAGAUAAUGGAAAUCUUGUGAUUGAUGCUUAUUUUGGAUUGGUGAAUUCCCCGGGAGAGUUGUUGCGGAAAAUUAAAUUAUUGACUGGUGUAGUGGAAGUUGGGUUGUUUGUUGAUAUGACGGAUGUUGUGUAUUUUGGGAAUGCAGAUGGGAGUGUAAGUGAGAAGAAGAGAUCUUUGUCGGGUGUUGUAGAAUAA